GGGAAUCGAUCCAACACACUCGUCAAAUGUCUGCUGAUUCGGAACCCAACCCAUUGGUGGUAUUUGCCACCAUCGCAGCCAUAAUUUCUAGUUUCAUUGCUCUUUAUUUCAUCAAACAGCGGAAUAAAAAUCAACCCGUGUUAGAUAAAACACAGUUCAAAAAGUUCCCAUUGAUUGAAAAAACAAGAAUAAGUCACAAUACUUGUGUCUAUAGAUUCGGAUUGCCCAAGUCGACCGACAGAUUGGGCUUGCCAAUUGGCCAGCAUAUUUCCAUUGGAACCACCAUUAAUGGUAAGGAGGUGGUUCGGUCGUAUACUCCAAUCUCCACCGAUGACCAAACUGGAUACUUUGAUUUAUUGAUCAAAGUGUACGAACAAGGAAACAUCACCAAGCACAUCGACUCCAAAAAGAUCGGUGAAACCAUCGACGUUAGAGGACCCAAAGGUUUCUUCACCUACACGCCAAACAUGGUGAAGAGUUUUGGAAUGAUUGCUGGUGGUACUGGAAUUACUCCCAUGUACCAAAUCAUGUCUGCGAUUUUGAAGAAUCCUCAAGACACCACCAAAAUCCACUUGGUUUACGCCAACGUCACUGAAAACGACAUUUUGAUGAAAGCAGAAUUGGAACAAAUGAAAGCCCAGCACCCAGACCAAUUAUUCAUCCACUACGUGUUAAACACUGCUCCUGAAAACUGGGAAGGCUCAGUAGGGUUUGUCACUCCUGAAAUCAUGGAACAAUACUUGCCUAAAUCCACUGAUGAUACAAACUUGUUGUUGUGUGGUCCCCCUCCAAUGCUCAGUGCCAUGAAGAAGGCCGCUAUGACUUUGGGUUACCCCAAGGCCAAACCUGUCAGCAAGCUCGGAGAUCAAGUAUUUGUAUUUUAGAUAUGUCGUCUAUAUGCUAAUAGCUCUGGUACGCACACGUCUUCUCGUUACAGUCGAUUGCGCGGACCAUGCAUAAUUGUAAAUGAUCACUGCUU